GUCUUAAGGGUGAUGAUGAUGAAAAGAAUGGGCAAGAGGCAGCAGCAUCAGCUUCUUCAGUGGCAAUGGCAGCAUCGAUGGCGGAGGAUCUGCAGCGUACGGUCAUGCAAUCCACGGACUCUGCCAUUCGUUCAGCUCGCUCUCUCCAACACCACUUGCCCCAAUAUGUCGAAAAAGCCGUCUCCGACUACAGGACCUACGAAAAUGCUUUCUUCACCAAGAUCAAAGAAGGGUUGAUGAGUGCAAGAGAGAACCCAGCCUCAACUCUUGGAAUUGGUCUUACUGCUGCCUUCCUUCUUUUGCCAGGACCAAGAAGGUUCUUCAUCCGCCAGACAUUUAGUAGACUUCAGAGCGAGGAGGCACAAUUUGUUAGAGCUGAGAAGAAUGUAAAGGAGCUAAAUCUUUCAGUUGAUUUGAUGAAGAAGGAGAGCAAGAAACUUCUUGAAAGGGCACUUCUUGCUGAAAAGGAUAUGAAAUAUGGCCAGACUGAUCUCAUGGAUGUGGGAAGUCAAAUUCAAUCUCUAUCUAAAUCUGUUCACAAGGUUGAAUCCCAAGCUGCAGAUUUAAUGGAUGGGCUGCGAGAAAUUCCUAAUAGGGAGGCCUUGAAGCUUAGAGCAGAGGUUGCUUCAAUGGCAUCAGUUUUGAAAAGGCAGAGGUCUGUGCUGGACAAACGGAUAAUGAAGAUCUCGGAACUAGGACUUCCAGUGUAACAGCUAGGAGAGAUUGAAGGGCGAUUGAGCCAGGAAGUUUGCUAAAUAGGGUGGUGCUUUACACACCCCCUUUUUCUUUUUAUUGAUUCUCAAUUGGCAUGCAACCAUUAGUUCUGCUUUGUAAGCAUGCAAUCAGUAGUUCUGUUUGUAAUAAAAUAACUCCAGGAGUGACAAUCAAUUUUCACUUCAAUUCAUUUGUGAA